AUGUUCUCUUUGCGGACGGCGCAACCCGCGCAGUCUUUGCUCCGUCGCGUUGCGGCGCCGACUUCCUUCCGUUCCUCCAUCUCGGCAAGAUCCUUUGCUAGCGUUCAGUCCGAUAUCUUCAAGCCCACUAAGUAUGGCGGCAAAUACACCGUCACUCUUAUCCCAGGUGACGGAAUCGGAGCCGAGGUUGCUGAAUCGGUCAAGACUAUCUUCAAGGCCGACAACGUUCCCAUCGAGUGGGAGCAGGUAGAUGUUAGCGGUGUUGACACCGGUAACAAACACUCAGAGGAGCUUUUCAAGGAGUCCAUUGCUUCUCUGCGCCGUAACAAGCUGGGUCUCAAGGGUAUCCUCUUCACCCCGGUUGAGCGCUCCGGCCACCAGUCGUUCAACGUUGCUCUCCGUCAGGAGCUGGAUAUUUUCGCCUCUAUCGUCCUCAUCAAGAACAUUCCCGGCUACAAGACCCGUCACGAGAAUGUUGAUCUUUGCAUUAUCCGUGAGAACACCGAGGGUGAAUACUCUGGUCUCGAACACCAGUCCGUGCAGGGGGUUGUUGAGUCCCUGAAGAUUAUCACUCGCGCCAAAUCUGAGCGCAUUGCCAAGUUUGCCUUUGGUUUCGCUCUUGCCAACAACCGCAAGAAGGUUACUUGCAUCCACAAGGCCAACAUCAUGAAGCUUGCGGAUGGUCUUUUCCGUAGCACCUUCCACAAGGUCGCCGAGAACUACCCGACUUUGGAGGUUAACGACAUGAUUGUCGACAACGCCUCCAUGCAGGCUGUUUCCCGGCCCCAGCAGUUCGACGUUAUGGUUAUGCCCAACCUGUACGGUGGCAUUCUCUCCAACAUUGGUUCUGCUCUUGUGGGUGGACCUGGUGUUGUCCCUGGUUGCAACAUGGGCCGCGACGUUGCUGUGUUCGAGCCAGGCUGCCGUCACGUUGGCCUUGACAUCAAGGGCAAGGACCAGGCUAACCCUAGCGCUAUGAUCCUUUCUGGCUCUAUGCUUCUACGCCACCUGGGAUUGGACGACCAUGCCAACCGCAUCUCCAAGGCCGUCUAUGAUGUGAUCGGUGAGGGUAAAACGAGGACCCGCGACAUGGGUGGACAGGCUACCACCCACGAGUUCACCAGGGCAGUCUUGGAUAAGAUGGAGGCUGCUCUGUAA